AUGGCGGCCCCCAGCCGGACCGCCGCUAGGUGGGUGCGGGCGGCACUUGGCAUCUGGCGGGCGAGCCGAGGAAGCGCCGCUGUGGUUAGAGGUUCCUGCGCGGCCACUCCCGCUCGCUGCUGCCAUGGACGGGGCUCAGCCUUGGACCACUUCCUGGGGGUCGCCCAGCCAGGCUACGACCCUGCCCAUCGGGCCCCAGCUGUGGCCCGGCACCGGGACAAACAGGCUCUUCUUGUGGCCCAUCCCCCCGACAUGCCAGAGAACUCCCGGAUCCUGCGGGUCGUCAUCCUGGGAGCCCCAAAUGCCGGGAAGUCAACGCUCUCCAACCAGCUGCUAGGCCGCAAAGUUUUCCCUGUCUCCAAGAAGGUACAUACCACGCGAUGCAAGGCCCUGGGGGUCAUCACAGAGGAGGAGACACAGGUGGUUCUUCUGGACACGCCUGGCCUUAUCAGCUCUGCGAAGCGAAAGAGGCAUAAUCUAGAGCAGUCCCUGCUGAAGGAUCCCUGGAGAAGCAUGGAGGACGCAGACUUGGUUGUGGUUCUAGUGGACGUCUCAGACAAGUGGACCCGAGGCCAGCUUAACCAGCAGGUUCUCAAGUGCUUGUCUCAGUUCCCCCAAGUGCCCAGCAUCCUGGUGAUGAAUAAGGUGGAUUGCUUGAAACAGAAGUUUGUCCUUUUGGACUUGACAGCAGCCCUCACAGAAGGUGUAGUUGGUGGCAAAGAGUUGCGAGUGAAGCAGACAUUUCCAGUUUCUAAGACCCAGAAAGCCCCAGCAGAGUCAGACUCAGAGGCCUCAAAAGGCCUCAAGGAGAGGGUAGGCUGGCCCCACUUCCAGGAGAUCUUCAUGCUGUCCGCCCUAAGUCAGGAAGAUGUGGAGACCCUGAAGCAAUAUCUUCUGGCACAGGCCCGACCCGGGCCCUGGGAGUUCCACAGUGAAGUGCUCACCAGCCAGACACCUCAGGAGAUUUGUGCCAACAUAAUUCGGGAGAAGCUGUUGGAGCACCUGCCUCAGGAGGUGCCUUACACUGUGCAGCAGGUGACCAAGCUGUGGGAAGAGGGUCCCGGUGGGGAGCUUGUGAUCCUGCAGGACUUGCUCGUGUCUAAGGAGUCCCACUUGAGGAUAUUGAUUGGACAGAGCGGGCAGCUGAUCAGCCAGUUGGCACACGAAGUCACUCAGGACCUCAGAAACGUAUUCCUCUGUGAUGUGCAGCUCCGCCUCUCGGUCAAGCUCCGAAGGUGACCGUGCCCCCACCCCAAGACCCCUAGGCUGGCCAGGCACAUGGACCUGGUUUAUCAUUGGGUGUAAUGAUCCCCAGGCCCAGCCCUGAGAGGACUGGACGGCCAGGCAAGUGAAGCAAGAGCUGCCUCUGCCUGGAGCUGCUCCGAGACCUACCCUCUCGGGAGUCCUCUUGCUGGCGCCGAGGGCUCCAGGCAGCUCCUGUUCCUUUCCCAGAGCCAGGGGUUCAGUUCUUCCUUUGUCCCAAGCCUCUGCACCUUGGUUAACCAGCCCUCCACAGCCAGCGCCAAGCAGGUGCCCUGUGUACAGCCCCAGCCAGGCCCUGGAUGCCCUGGAGAUGAGUUAUGUCCACCCGCUUCUCAUCCACAUAUCAUCCUCCCUCUGUAACCCCUUCUCUGGUUCAUUGGUGAUAAUAAAAUGACAGAAGAAAGA